AUCAGUUUGUUGCACUUUCUUCGACUUCAAAUCAGACCAUCGAACAACGCACACGACUGCAAGGACAGAGGUCAGACUCAGUGCUCCGUCCCUACAUUUGACCUCAUCUCAAUUGACUUUCAGAACACCCUCUCAACGAAAUAAUCAUGUCUGACGAUUGGGACAAACCCACCAUCAUUGGCCAGGGUCGAAACAGACCCACUGCCGUGAAAGGAGCUGCAUUGAACAUUGCUCAGCGUUCUGGUACCGCCCUAGAGACUACAGCCAAAGACCGUAGUCAAACCAAGGGUCCGGCCGAUUACCAACGUAAAGCCAAGUUGGAUUUGGACGAUGCUCCCAAACCACCUGAGAAGGUGGAUCAAUCCGUUGCCAAAGCCCUUGCUCAGGCUCGUGCUGCCAAAACGAAACCCGAUGGAAAAAGUAUGACUCAGAAGGAUCUCGCCACUGCUGUCAACGCCAAACCAUCCGAUAUCGCCGACCUUGAAGCUGGCCGAGCUGUACCGAAUCAACAGCUUUUAGGCAAGAUUGAGCGAGUCGUCGGUGUCAAGCUGAGAGGUGCGCCUGAUCUUAUUGGUACUCCAUUGGGAGGGCCAAAGAAGAAGUAGUAGGAAACUCCCAACAAACGAAAACGACGCAAUGUAGCCAAUUCUUCAAUCCUCUCAUGCAUUAGACAUUGCAG